AUGAAUAACUAUCCCUUACCGAAGUGGGAAUUUAUUCUAUUUUUGAACGUUCAUGGGAUUAUCACAAUCGUUGCUUUGCUCGGGAGUUAUUUCGUGCUUAGAGCGUUUCACAAAUUUCGGAAACUGCGAACUGCUUCCAACAACAUUCUGGUGAGUUUGUCUAUCGCCGACGGCUUACUAGCGAUUCCCUUGAUUCUUGAUAUCAUUCAGUUAUGCCUUAAGUAUAAUGCUGCGAUUCGUCCACAUAUGCGUAUGCCUAUUCUUAAAGAAGUAGACGGAACUAUCACCUUGUUCCUCCUUUCGGUCAUUGUUCUUCAUCUGAGCUUAAUGAGUUCAGAACGUUUCAUCGCCAUCAAGUUCGCCUUAAGAUACCAAGCCAUAGUAACCAAACGCCGAGCACGGAUCGUUUCCAUCGCUAGAGGUUCUUCAGACGACAACAGGCAAGGAUCACAGAAAAUAUCACCGACAUCUGAAUACGCAUGA